CGUGUGUGUGUGUGUGUGUAUGUGUGUGUGUGUGUGUGUGUGUGCAGGUGAACGGGGUGGACCUCAGGUACGCCACACAUGAGCAGGCAGCAGCAGCUCUGAAGAACGCCGGGCAGACUGUUACCAUAGUAGCACAGUACAGACCUGAGGAGUACAGUCGCUUCGAGGCAAAGAUCCACGACCCGAGGGAGCAGAUGAUGAACAGCUCGUCCAGCAGUCUGAGGAACAGCCGCACCUUCUACAUCAGGGCGCUCUUCGACUAUGAUAAGCAGUGGGACUGCGGCGUGCUGUCUCAGGCGCUGGACUUUAACUUUGGCGAGGUCUUCCACGUGAUCGACAGCGCCGACGACGAGUGGUGGCAGGCACGCAGGGUCAACCAGCAGGGGGAGCUGGAGGAGCUGGGCUACAUCCCCUCCAAGCACAGAGUGGAGAGGAAGGAGUGGUCACGGAUGAAGAGCAAAGGUAGAGAAGGCUUCGUUCACAGCUACGAGCUCAUCACUCAGAUUGAAGUGGACUAUGCCCGCCCCAUCAUCAUCCUGGGACCCACCAAAGACCGCGUCAACGACGACCUGCUGUCCGAGUUCCCCGACAAGUUCGGCUCCUGCGUUCCCCAUACGACUCGCCCUCGCAGGGACUACGAGGUGGAUGGGCGGGACUACCACUUUGUGGCGUCACGGGAACAGAUGGAGCGGGACAUCCAGUCGCACCGCUUCAUCGAGGCGGGGCAGUACAACAACCACCUGUACGGGACGUCGGUGCAGAGUGUGCGACAGGUGGCCGAGCAGGGGAAGCACUGCAUCCUGGAUGUGUCGGCCAACGCCGUGAGGAGGCUGCAGGCGGCACAGCUCCACCCCAUCGCUAUCUUCAUCCGACCGCGGUCGCUGGAGAACAUCCUAGACUUGAACAAGCGCCUGUCGGAGGAGCAGGCGAGGAAAGCUCUGGAUCGAGCCAUCAAGCUGGAGCAGGACUUCCUGGAGUGCUUCACAGCCAUCGUGCACGGCGACAGCUUCGAGGAAGUCUACCACCACGUCAAAGUGGUCAUCGAGGAGCAGAGUGGACCCUACAUCUGGGUCCCCGCACGCGACAGGCUCUGAUUGGCCGACCAUCUUCACGGGAACUGCUGUUAAUGUCACGCCCAGGCUCCUCCCCUCCCUCCAGCGGGUUUUUGAUUUCUUCUCUGGCAGGGUGACGGGCGCACUGAUGGAUCAGGAUGUUUUUAAUCUGAGACGAGGACUCACAGCUGAUUGGUUUAUUAUCAGUACAUAAUGAAUCAGAGCCUGUAGAGCUGAAAGUAUUUAUAUCAU